CAGCGCAGGUUCCUGACUUUGGGUGGUGUAGUAAGGGGCGUCUUGUUGGAAAGUAUAUAGCGAUGUCGCUGAAAGAUCUCGUGUCUAAGAGUAAGUUGGUAUCGUCGUCGCGUGAGAGAAAGAACGCGCGUAUAUAGCAAUCUGCGAGAAUUUUAUAAAUGGGAGGGGCUCGUCAGAGGUCUCUAUGUUGGUGCAGGGAUCCUGGAUGAUAUUCUGGGGCCGCUCUUUAAACUGGGAGAAUGGAGAGUAAGCUACUAUAAUUAUUGGUACAAUGAUAGAUUUUUCUGAAAGUUAGUCCUAGUGGAACCUCACUAGACACUAAUGGGACAGAAUAAGUAUAUAGAGGGUGUCCUUGGUUCAAUUGUCUCACCCAACUGUUCUUGGGGAAAGAAAGAGUUUCCUUAUUAGAGAGAGGGUUUAGUGUAAGGUCAUCCCAUUGUCUAGCUAUAUACUAGAAAAGCACUGUGUCACACACUUGAAAAGUUGUUUAGUCUGCUGAUAAUGAUGCUGCCAUAGGUGCUGGUGUUGGACCAGUUGUCCACAAGUAUUGUUUCCUCCUGCUGCCGAAUGCACGACGUAAUGAGCAAAGGAAUCACACUGGUGGAGGGACUGGAAAAAUCGAAAGAGCCACAGCUUGCAAGGGAAGCUAUCUACAUCAUGUGGCCUAGUGAGGAGUCACUGACAAAGAUGCUCAUGGAUUUUGACGAAAGCUUCAGAGUGUACAAAGCAGCACAUGUUUUUCUACUUGACCGUUUGCCUCCAGUGCUGGUGACCAAACUGCAGCAGUCUCCUGCCAAGAAAUACAUAAGGUCGUUGAAGGAGUCAUACAUUGGGUUUCUCCCGAAAGAGUCGCGAGUGUUCACCCUCAAUUUCCCCGACUCGUUUCGCCUCUUCUUCUCCCCCGGCUCAGCGGGCAAGGGAGAGAUGAAGACCAGGAUCGCCGACCAGCUGGCCACCCUCUGUGCAUUUCUCGGGGAGUUCCCUACAAUCAGAUGCAACAAGGCAGUUGCUGGCGUUGAGGACAUAGCACACGAGCUCUACAAACGACUGGAAGAUUUCAAAAUGCAAUCCCCCUCUUUUGCUACGGAUGAAGGGAAGAAUAAAUCAGAGUUAAUCAUACUGGACAGGGGUUUUGAUGUGGUGUCUCCACUGGUACACGAGCUGACCUACCAGGCCAUGGUGUAUGAUCUUCUGGGCAUAAAGAGAGACGUCUACAGCUACGAAGCGACGACAGAAGGAGGAGGAAAACACUCACGGGAGGUCAUUCUUGAUGAGAGUGACCCACUCUGGGUGGAACUGAGGCACAAGUUCAUCUCUGAUGUAAUAGGCGAAGUUCGGGAAAUGGUAAAGGGAUUUGCCGACUCCAAGUCGAAAUCGCCCACCGCUUCGUACGAUAUGUCCGUCAAGAAGCUGCAUCAGAUGAUAAAGGAGGUCCCACAGUAUCAGAAGGAGCUAAGCAAGCUCGCCCGACACUUCAGCUUGGCCGAGACAUGUGACAAGAAACUCAAAGCAGGGAUGUUUGAUCUGUGCAAGGCGGAGCAGGACCUCGCCACUGGGGAGAGCGAAACAGGAGAGAAGAUUGAUAGUGCCAUGAACCUCACCACACCCAUUCUCUUUGACAGAAAGAUCGGGGUCUAUGAAAAGGUUCGCCUUAUGAUGCUGCAGCUUCUGUUCAGCGAAGGGGAGGCCAAAGAGGGGUUCGCCAAACUGAUCCAGAGAGUGGAGAUUCCACCCAAAGAGAGGAGCUCAAUCCUGAACCUGGCCUGCCUUGGGCACCCCAGUGUUGAAGGACGUGAAGGCAGAGGGAACGGUAUUGAGGAGCAGUCGCAGAGAGCUGAAGAGGAAGGAGAGGGACGAAGGAGAGAGAUACGUCGUCUCUCGUUGGAUACCCAUCAUUCAAGACAUCAUGGAGUUUGCCAUAGAGGGGAGGCUGGAUACGAGCUAUUGUCCCGUGCUGUCACAGCAUCCUGGCUUCUCGCCUCGUUCCUCCACCUCCACCCACCCCGCCCCAGUCGGAGUGAGUGUCCGCAGUGACAGAGGUCGGUGGAAUUGGGUCGGAGGGACAGACAGGAAGAGAGGAGCAACAGUUAGCUCCUCUCAGGAAGAUGUCCCGAAGCCACGCCUCAUCAUAUUUGUAGUGGGCGGAGUCACGUAUUCCGAGAUAAGAGCCGCCUACGAGGUCACUCGAAAGUUUCCAACACACGACAUCGUGAUCGGCUCCACCCACAUAAUUACUCCGGGCGAUUUCAUUGGUCACCUCAAUGAGUUGGAAUCGCCAUACAAGGGGAAAAUCUGAGCAAAAUUUUAAACAUUGAAAGUUUGAACAUGAACACAAUUUUUGCCUCUUUUUAUAUAUACAGUACAAAAGACACAUGAAAUGAUCGUAUACAAAAUGUAAAGCUAUGCAUUGUGUAUAUGCAAUAGUACACAUAUAUUAUACCAAUAUUAAAUUAGCUAAUAAUGUAUUAACACUUGUCACUGUUAUUACACACCCCGACAGCGACGCCGAUCAUAAUGACUAUCAGGAUUCCGAGAGCUACGCCACCGACGAUGAGACAAAUUAUCCACCGUAACUAGAGGGAGAGGGGUAAGUUACGGAGGAGAGAGGAAGAGACAAAGAGCAGCAUCACUAAAAGCGCGUAAUUGGGGAGUUAAAAAGGUCAGGGCUAGCGUCACGUAGUUGCUUUGU